UUUUCAAAGAUAGACGACCCAGGCUCUUCUGCCGCAGGGUCGUUCGCAAAAAUUUAUCAAGGGUCCAGUCAGUCCUAUGGAGAUUUCAUUGAUCAGUUGCAGAAGGCAGUUUUUAGAGAGAUCCGGAAUCCCAUAGCACAAAAGGAACUUAUAAAAAAACUAGCUUAUGAAAAUGCCAAUGAAGAUUGCAGACGUAUCAUUCAGCCUCUCCUCAGCAAGCCUGAUGCCGAACUGGCAGAUUACAUCCAAGCAUGCCGAAUCGUCGGCACCAAUGUCCACAACAUGGAAACUUUAGCAAUGGCAUUGCAAAACAUCAAAGGGGAGACGUCUAAGAAUGGAAACUGUUUUAACUGUGGCAAGCCCGGUCAUUUUCGAGCACAGUGUCGUGCCCCUGGGGGCGGCGCACAUCAGUCAAAUUCAAAUCAAAACAAGCCGAAAACUGUGUGCCCCCGUUGUAAAAAGGGCUAUCACUGGGCUUCCCUGUGUCGUGUGAAUCCCCCUCCCCAAUCUGCCAACAAUAACAACCAGAACCAGGGAAACUAGUGGGGGGGCACUCAGCCAGCCCUCUCCCCAAGGCUGAUUCUUUGGCUACAUUUAACUUAAAAGAAACCUUUAUAACAUCUAUGCAUGCUGUUGCUGCCGAAACUGUUUCUAUGCAAAUACCUGGUCUUACAUAUUUUCUUCCUCUUACUUUACCUGAUGUUUCUAUGCCGACAAAAGUCCCCUUGCUUUGCUAUCCGGCUAGAGACCUCAUCUCCCGCGGCGUUUUCGCUUCCCCUUUCUUGGUUGACUCCGAUGAUUUUUCUUCUCUGGCUCUAAUUUGCAUUGUUGACGCUCCUUUAGUCAUCUACAAGGAAGACCUGGCUGCAAUUGUGAUGCCGGUGGCCCUGGAGUUCGAUCCCCUCGCUUAUGAGGACAUGGAGCCGAUUGUUCCCCCCAACCCCUCUCUUAACAAUUACCGAAAGCACUUUCUUGACCACCAAUUGCUUGCUUUCACUUCCACUAUUCAUUCGGAUAAGCCUUUUGUUACCUUUGUGUUAAAUAAUCGUUCUUUUUCAGGCAUAAUAGACACCGGAGCAGAUAUUUCAGUAAUUAGAACCUCUGAGUGGCCUGCUGACUGGCCCACCACCUCUUCCCCUGCCGUCCGAGGCGUCGGAGGCAUCCAAACGGCCCGAAUUAGCACCUUGCCUCUGUUAGUCACUUCCUCUCACACCGACAAACAGGCACUCCACCUUUGUCGGCAGCGCAACGCCACUUUGCCACGCCAGAGUCACCGACAAUCAAAAAUUUGUGCCCUCCAGUGUAUUAUCGCGAGUUGCCUGAUCCUACUUGGAAAGGUCCGGCUGAUCUCAUCACCUGGGGGCGAGGCUACGCAGCAAUCCAACUGCCUGAUCGAGUACUGUGGGUGCCAGGGAAGCAAGUAAGACCCUAUCUUUGCAAACCUGCGGGCCCACCCAUUGCAUCGGAGCCUGAUCCUCCCUCACAUCAUGAUGCCUGAAUCCACUCCUGACCUCGGAGGGGAACCAGACCCCUUGUCUUUUCCACCACUUCCCGAAUAUGGACCUCCGGAUAGCCCCCCGACCUACCAGGAAAACGGUCGGGGGUCCUCCGAAGACUCCCCUCCUCCCUAUAAGGAUCCGCCGCGAUGUCCCUUCAUUCGAGGUGGUCUAACAUUUACCGAUUUGCUAACUGCGCGAAUGUCCUGCUCGCAUUUUGUAUAUCAUUUUGUAAUAUUGACACUGUUUAUGAUAUGUAUUUUCUUGGCUAUGUGGGUGGCUUUUGCAGAGGGUGACAAGGCUAACAAUACCUAUCAAGAAAAUCGAAACUGGAACCAGACUCCAACUCCUUCGCACAGAGUGCGCAGAGAGGUGGAUGCCAGUUGUGACCGAUGCAUCGUUCAGGUUAAACAAGGUCUGUCAACUGUUCUCACCCUGAUUCAUUCUAAUAUUGUACCAACUCCCUGUCCCCAGAAAUCUUUUUGUAUUUUUAACAAAACUCAAUAUGUGACCUGCACCAAAGGAUUGUCAUUCACGUGUCAUAACCCGGCCCUGCCCACACGGUAUAACAUCUCCAUUUGGGCAGGCAUUGGGAUUGUCAAGGGACCGCCUCAAGCAGCUCGGUUAUGGUACGUGAAUCACACAGUGGUCACUAAAGCCGAAAAUUGGGCUAUAACCUUUGAUGUCUGCGGUGCCAUGUCGAAAAAAUCCUUCCGUGGCUGUGGGCAUCGACCUGCUGGUUAUAACAACGAUCACAAGUACUUGUGCACUAGAUACCCACCCCUAGAGCCUUCUCAGUUUCCACAGCCCUGCAUCGCUUGGGAGGCCUACCAAAAAACAGUUUGGCGGGCAAUUUGUUUGCACACGAAUGGGGGCUACAGGGGCUGCUAUAAUCCCCUUAAUGUUAAACAGCGCCUUGUUCGUUCCUUUGUCCGACAACCAAAUAGCAACAAGGUAACUAUAGAAUUAGAAAAAAAUCAUCCUCCCAUUGAAACCUAUGGCAUAGGCAUUGAUGGAUAAAAAAUUGUUUUGUUUGUGGAGGUACCAACAUGGGGGAACAAUGGCCAUGGGAGGUUCAUGAAGCAGAUCCUGAGUAUUUGAACAAUCAAACAAAAUUUGCUAAUUUUACUUUUAGAAACCUGGAAGACCCUGUAGUGUGGACUUUAACUACAAAUAUUGUAGGAACAAAUUGCUUUUUCAGGAAUGGCUCCAUCCCUGUUGGGACACUUCUUUGCCGUGGACAAUGGGAAAGGGGCCAGUGGGUCUCCCCCACCAACGAGUCCGCUCCUGUACUAUUAAAUCAUACCUUUUUCAAUUA